UUAUGUGUGGUCGUCAAUGGUGUUGGUAAAUAUAUUUGACGAUAAUACUAUCAGUAAAUGAAAUGAGUCAUUACCGACGGUAUGUGAUUCGUGUUUAUGAAAUCAGAAAUUCGGUUUCCCUUUUCCCCAAUUUCAUUUUCUCGAAAACCCUUCAUCCCCAAUGUCCCAUACUUCUCUUCUUCCCAAUCUCGGCCUCCCUUUGGCUCACCGGUCCUUCCUUUGCCCCAACCACCAUUGCCAUUCGGUCUACCCCAACCUCAAUUACUGUUGAAGUCUGCCAUUCCCCAACCUCCAUGGCUAUUCGACCCUUACUUUUCCCCUUUAUUCAUUACGCGCCAAUCGUGGAAUGUCGGUGUCAUGAGCAAAGUGGUUGACGUGACGGUCAUUGGUUUUGCUGCAUGACAAGGCUACCAUUAUCGCAUGGGAGGCUAUUUUCAUGGUCUACCGUGGAGGAUUUUUUGUAGCAAUGUUUAGACCAGAGCAAUCUGUUGGAAUUUAUUUCUCUGACAAUGAAGGCGUCAUGGAGUUUGAACCACGAUUUGUUAAAUUGGGACAGUGUGUUACAUACUUCAUAGUUAGAUAUGUUGCUGGCACCAUGUUGUUUAUUGUUUUUUUGGUAUACAAAUGGAGAAGAAGACAUUCGUCAGUAUACGAAAAUAUUGAAAAUUAUUUAGAGCAAAAUAGCUUGAUGCCUAUUCGAUACUCAUACAAGGAGAUUAAGAAGAUGGCCAAAGGUUUCAAUGAAAAGUUGGGUGAAGGAGGUUAUGGCUCUGUAUUCAAGGGGAAGUUGCGAAGUGGACCUUCUGUUGCCAUAAAAGUAUUACGAAAUUCAAAAGGUAAAGGAGAAGAUUUUAUCAGUGAAGUUGCAACAAUUGGAAGAAUACAUCACCAAAAUGUAGUGCAUUUAAUUGGAUAUUGUGCUGAGGGCUCAAAACGUGCACUUGUCUAUGACUUCAUGCUCAAUGGAUCUCUUGACAAAUUUAUAUUUUCUACAAAAGGGAAUGUACAUUUAACCUAUGACACAAUACAUGAUAUAGCAAUUGGAGUAGCACGUGGAAUUUCGUAUCUACAUCAUGGGUGUGAGAUGCAGAUUUUGCAUUUUGACAUCAAACCCCACAACAUCCUGCUUGAUGAAAAAUUCACUCCAAAGAUAUCUGAUUUUGGAUUGGCAAAACUAUAUUCAACAGAUAAAAGUGUUGUGAGUAUGACAGCAGCAAGAGGAACAAUUGGGUACAUGGCUCCAGAGUUGUUUUAUAAAAAUGUCGGAAGAAUAUCACAUAAGUCUGAUGUUUAUAGUUUUGGAAUGUUUUUGAUGGAAAUAGCAAGCAAGAGGAAAAACCUAAACCCCCAUGCUGAGCAUUCAAGCCAACUUUACUUUCCCUUUUGGAUUUAUGAUCAACUUGAUAAAGGGAAAGAUACAGAAAUGGAAGAUGUCACCGAGAAUGAGAACAAAAUUGUAAAAAAGAUGAUCAUAGUUUCACUUUGGUGUAUACAAUUGAAACCAAAUGAUCGCCCUUCCAUGAAUAAAGUUUUGGAAAUGCUUGAAGGAGACAUUGCAAACCUAAAAUUACCUCCAAAGCCUUCUCUGUAUCCACAUGAAACAUUGGAAGAUGAUGAAAGAAUAUCCUCUCACCAAACAACAUUGUCUGACUUUGUUGGUUCUUCAAGUUAUUAAGUGAAGAUGGUCUCAAAUUAAUGUUCCCCUAGAUGAAAGUAUUUGAUAGUCUAAAUUAUUUAUUCUCAUCCAACUUAUUUGAGUUGAACAUUUUUCCUCUGUAAUAUUUACAUUGUGUGACUUAUUUUUAUACUUCAUACUUUAAAUAUUAUG